AUGAUAUCGCCGAUCCCCUCGUGGUUCUGGGGCUUCCUGGACUACAACAGCUGCAGCUUCCCUGCUCUGAUCAGAACUGUGUGCAUCAUCCGCGGAAUCCGCAACAUCAUCACCCCAGGCAACCAGUACUUUGAAUUCGGGGUCCCCCGCGAGGGCUCCAACGACCCGGUUUCAAGGGAGGGCACGGUCUCCCCGCUCAUGUAUGUCAAGGGCAUCCGCGAGAUCGGAUACGGGGUCAGCAUGGAGGUCGUGGGGCGACUGCACGACCCGAGGGGCGUGACGGGGAUGCUUGCAGUGGGGGCCGCGAUGAGCGUGGGGGACGCGGUGGUGGUUGCGCUGUUUGGGAGGGGGAAAUACUCGAUGGUUCUGUGGCAUCUGCUGGUUGCGCUGUAUUUCUCGGGGAUGGCCUAUUUGCGCUCUCAAAGUUAG